UAUGUCUUUGGCGAAGACGAACUGGAAAAGACCCCGCGUGGACCUAGAAGUACGGCCCCUCACAACUAGGAAGGACGCAUCGCGAAGAUUGAGUCAAGAUCGGGCAGCAGUACAGAGCGUCGAGGUCGAUGUUGAGCUUGAUCUGCGUGGCGGGCUAGUGAUGGCCCGAGCCCGUCUUCCUCAACGUCGGUUGCUACCUCCUGAAUGGGAGGUUCAUAUCAUUUUCGUCUACUUGGGGUGGCGAGUACUUACUAGCACCUGUCGUCUCUUCCGCAGCACGUUUGCGACGACAACUCGAAGGACAGAUGGCGAGAAACUGGCGUUAAGACAAUCUGAAAGAGUCAGCGGCGUAGACUUUCUUGACAAAGAUGAUCCGGGAUGGACAUUGGAGUG